GCCAUAUUGGACAAAAGGAAAGUUUCCCCAUGAAGGAGGAGGCCUAGCGAGGAGGGCUCCGCGAAGCCGCGUUCAGCCUCGUCUCUCUCCCCACCCUCGCCACCACAAACCCCGUCGUCUGUCUCUCUCUCCCUCUCUUCGUCGUCAUUUUAUCCUUAUCUGUUGUCAGAAAUGCUCAGAAGAUGUCUCUGGCAUCGCUGAAACAGGAGCUCAAGCUGCUCGAGUCCAUCUUCGACAAGAGCCACGAGCGCUUUCGGAUCGUGAGCGGCGGCGUCGACGAACUCGCGUGCCACUUCCUCAGCGGCGCGUCCGCACCGCUCGUCGUCCACUGCACCAUUACGGAAGGUUACCCGAGUUCGGCACCGAUAUGGUUUGCAGAAUCAGAUGACCCUCACUUGGCUGCUGUACUUGAGAAAAUCGGCAGCAUAAACUCAAGCAGAACUUUGCUUUUGCAGCAACUCAAGCGGUUGCUGACAGACUUGUGCAAGCUGUGUGGCUUGCCGCAGCAUCCCGACAUUGAAAUGCUGGAUCAGCCUCUCCCCAGUGAGCAGAGUACCACGGAUGAAAACAUGACCUCGGACGAAGAGGAUGAAGAUAUGGCAGAGGACAAUGAUGACAUGGACCACUAUGAGAUGAAAGAGGAUGAGCCGCCAGAAGAGAAAAAGACUGACGAGGAUGGGAUUGAAAAAGAGAAUUUGGAAGUCUUAGAGAAGAUCCGGCAGAACCAGCGCAGAGACUACCUAAAUGGAACGGUAUCUGGCUCUGUCCAGGCUACUGACAGACUGAUGAAAGAACUCAGGGAUAUUUAUAGGUCUGCAAGCUUCAAAGCAGGAAACUAUGCAGUUGACCUUGUAAAUGACAGUCUCUAUGAAUGGAAUGUAAAAAUUCUGAAAGUUGACCCAGACAGUGCUUUGCACAGUGACCUUCAGGUGAUGAAGGAGAAAGAGGGCAAAUGUCACAUUUCUAUGAAUUUUUCAUUUAAAGAUAAUUUUCCAUUUGACCCACCGUUUGUGAGAGUGGUGUCGCCAAUCUUGACUGGCGGAUAUGUUCUUGGGGGAGGUGCAAUAUGUAUGGAACUUUUGACAAAACAGGGUUGGAGCAGUGCAUAUUCCAUCGAGUCGGUCAUAAUGCAGAUCAGUGCAACCCUUGUGAAGGGCAAGGCACGCAUUCAGUUUGGAGCAAAUACGAAUGGAUUUCUUUCACAGAACCAAUACAGCUUGGCUAGAGCGCAGCAGUCAUUCAAAUCCCUCGUCCAGAUUCACGAAAAAAAUGGAUGGUUCACACCGCCUAAAGAGGACGGCUAAUUUGAGGAGCCCCCCACCCGCCUUGUUAUUGAAUGGACCAUGUACAGUUCCCUUAGGGUUUCCCCGAAUCUGCUGAGGACACUUUCACUCCAAGUAUUGUUUCAUGUAAAAUGUAGGCAUGAGUUAAGUAGCUUCGUCACAGAAAACUGAAGUGAAAACCUUUUCCUCUUCUGGAUGCUCACUCGAAGAUUCUUCUCUGCUUCUGCGGUGAAUAGUAUACAAGAUACGUGAAGAAGCUGCAAUGUUUAAGCCUCGUCUUCAAUAAGAAGCCUUGAUUGUGAUGAGGAAAAAUGUUCCGUUAUAAAAAAAAAAAACUUCUAUUACACCUGACCUUGUUAUUUUCAAUGACAUAGUUUGAUUAUGAUGAAAGAAUGUGCUGCUUGGUUCUCUUUGGCUUGUAGAAUACACAUCUCAAACUUUUUAGGUGUAAUUUGUUAGUUCUGCGUAACAAUGGUAAGUGCAGGAUAAAGCUGUUGACCACAGUAAUCGGAAAUGGGCUGCUCAUGCACUUACUAAGUCCUUGCAGAAAAUUGUCUUCUCCCCAUUUAAAAUCAUUUGCCAUUGGAAAGUGCAUUGUGAGUGUUUACAUUUGGCUGUGAACUCCCUCGUUUGCGUAUUGCUGCACAAUAGAAAUAAAGGUCAAGUAAACACACAAUUUCAUUUUAACUUAAUGCGAUUAUAUCCGAGUGCACCACUGUCCAAGCAAAAUAAAGUACACUUCCAAUGUCACCCAUUAGGGCUUGUGUAACCUGCUGGAGACGGUGUAAUUGUACAAAUUAAAUAAAAUAGCCAACUUUUA